AUGGCGGACAGCAGCAAGAUCACGGCGAAGCUCGAGAAGGCCAAGGCCGAAGGGCGUGUGUGGUGGAGCUUUGAGUACUUCCCCCCCCGCACGCCGCAGGGUCUGAGCAACCUGUACGACCGUAUCGAGCGUAUGGGCAAGCUCGGCCCCGAGUUUGUGGACAUUACGUGGAACGCCGGCGGCCGCACGUCGGACCUCACUGCGUCGCUCGUCAAGACGGUGCACGCGUACUUUGGUCUGGAGACGUGCAUGCACCUGACGUGCACCAACAUGCCGCGCUCCAAGGUGGAUGUCGCGCUGCGCGAGGCGAAAGAGUACGGCUGCCGCAACAUUCUUGCGCUCCGCGGCGACCCCCCCGCGGGCGGCGGCGAGUGGGAGCCGCACGCGGCCGGCUUCUCACACGCGUACGAGCUUGUGCAGUAUAUCCGCGAGCACUACGGCGACUACUUUACCAUUGCGGUCGCCGGCUUUCCGGAAGGGCAUCCGGAGGCGACCGAGGGCCCCGAGGUCGAGAUGGAGCAGCUCAAGAGCAAGAUCGACGCGGGCGCCGACUUUAUCUUUACGCAGAUGUUCUACGACUUUGACAUCUUUGCGGACUGGGUGCGCCGCGUCAAGGCCGCCGGCAUUACCGUGCCGAUCGUGCCGGGCGUGAUGCCGAUCCAGAACUAUGGCGGUUUUACGCGCGCCAUUGCGCGUUUCCGCACCAAAGUGCCGCAGUACUUCCACGAUGCGCUCGACCCCGUGAAGGAGGACGACGAGCAGGUGCGCAAGAUCGGCACGGAACUUGUCGGCAAGAUGUGCCGCAAGAUCCUCGAUACCAAGGACCUCGAUGUGCACGGCCUGCACAUCUACACGAUGAACCUCGAGCGCGGGAGCCGCAUGCUGCUCGAGUACCUCGGCCUCACGCCGACGGUCAACCCGCCGCUGCCCUGGAAGCCGUGCCUGACGCCCAAGCGCCGCGAGGAAAACAUCCGCCCCAUCUUUUGGGCGAACCGUGCCAAGUCGUACGUGAACCGCACCGAGUUCUGGGACGAGUUCCCCAACGGCCGCUGGGGCGACGCGCGCAGCCCGGCCUACGGCGACGUGGACGCCUACGGCGCGCAGCUCCGCUUCUCGCAGGAGGACGCGCUGAAGCUGUGGGGCACGCCCGAGACGCUCGACGACCUCAAAGGCCUCUUUGAGCGCUUUUGUGCCGGGGAGCUCGCCUCCCUUCCGUGGAGCGACGCGCCGGUCGCCAAAGAGACCAAGGUCAUCGACCAGAUGCUCGUGCAGCUCAACAAGCGCGGCUUCCUCACGAUCAACUCGCAGCCGCCCGUUGACGGCGCGCGUAGCGACGACCCCGUGCAUGGCUGGGGGCCAAAGAACGGCUACGUGUACCAAAAGGCCUACCUCGAAUUCUUUGUGUCGCCGCAGCAGCUCGACGAGCUGCUCCAGCGCAUCGAAAAGCACCCGCAGAUCACCUACCACGCGGUGAACGCGCAGGGCGACAUGCGCACCAACACGACGUCCGACGCGCCGAACGCCGUGACGUGGGGCUGCUUCCCCCACUGCGAGAUUCUGCAGCCGACGAUUGUCGACUCCAUCUCGUUCCUUGCCUGGAAGGACGAGGCGUACGAGAUCGGGCGCAGCUGGGCGAGGCUCUACGGCCAGGACUCGCCGACGUACAAGCUGCUCACGAGCGUCUUUGACUCGUACUUCCUCGUGAACGUCGUGCACAACGACUUCAAGCAGGACCUCGCCAUCUUUGAGCCCUUCCUCCAGGACGCCCUCCCGGACGUGGAAAAGCUGCAGGUGAACGGCAAGUAG